CAAAACCCUUUCCUUGCUUCUCCAUCCUCGACUGGUGGUGGCGCGAACCCCCGCGCGCGCACACGCACCCGUAUAGUCCAGUCCACUCCAACCCACGCGCCCACGCCACCGCACCUCACCUCAACUUCCCACCCAUCUUUCCUUCGUCUCCGUCUCCAACUGCAGAUUUGCCUCCACUUUCGCCGCGCGCGCGCGCGCGCGGUCCGGCGGGCGGGGAGGGAAGAAUCAUUUUCUGUUUCAUUCAUCCGCCGCGCCUCCUUUUCCUCCGCUCCAGACUAGAAUCUCAACACUUCUUCCCUGUUUCUUUCCUUUUUCUCCGCUCGCGCAUGCACCACCACCGCCACGGGGUCUGACUCUGAUCCAAUGGGGGACGCGUCCACCUCCGCCCCCGCCACGCCCACCUCCACCCUCAUCUGCCUCGAGGACGGCAACGACCUCUUCCUCGACGCCGACGACGACGACUACAGCCCCCCCGCCGACGGCGCCGCCGAUUUACGCCUCGCCGGCGACGACCACCUCCUGCUCCUCGACCCGGACGACGACGAGUACGUCGCGCUCAUGCUCUCCAAAGAGGCCAGCGCCGCCGCCCACGCCGCCGACGCCGGAGGCGAGGAGGUGGGCGGCUGGACCAAGGCCGCGCGCGCCGUCUGCGUCGACUGGAUUGCCAAGACGAACGCGAGGUUCCGGUUCUGCGGGAAGACGGCCUACGUCGCGGUCACCUACCUCGAUCGCUUCCUGGCGCAGCGCCGAGUCGACAGGGGGCAGGAGUGGGCGCUGCAGCUGCUCGCGGUGGCGUGCCUCUCGCUGGCGGCCAAGGUGGAGGAGCACCGGGUGCCGCGCCUGCCGGAGUUCAGGCCCGACCACUACGACUUCGACAGCGCCUCCAUCCUGCGCAUGGAGCUCCUCGUCCUCACCACGCUCAACUGGCACAUGAUCGCCGCCACCCCCUUCCCCUACCUCGGCUGCUUCGCCGCCAGGUUCCGGCACGACGAGCGGAAGCCCAUCGUCCUGCGCGCCGUCAACUGCAUCUUCGCAUCCAUCAAAGCGAUGAGCGCGGUGGAGUACCAGCCGUCCACCAUUGCGCUGGCGUCGAUCCUCGUGGCGCGCGGCAUCGGCAACAAGGACAAGGAGGGGACGCUGACAUUUCCCGAACUGGCGGAGGAGCUCAAGGCGAUCCUGGGCUCGUCAUGGCAGCAAUUACACACGGGGCAUGUGUAUUCCUGCUACAGCGUCAUGAUUCGGGAGGAGGACGGCAGGUCCAUGUCCAUGCGGCGGCAGCAAUCGAGCGGGGAGCUGCCUUCCUCCGGCGGCUCCGCCGCCCACGUCGGGAGCUCGGUCACCACCUCCGUGGCCAUGGGCGGCGCCAGCAACAAUAAUGCCGCCACCUCGGCGGCAGCAGCAAUCACGGACGGCAAUAAGAGGAAAAGGUUGCAUUCACCGCGGCGCCACUAGGAGAGUGUCCAGCUCGCACUACUCUAGCUAGCUAAUUUCUUCCACUCCACCUGUUUUUUUUUCCCCUCUCUAGUUUCAGCAGUCUUUCUCUUCUCAGGGGGGAGGUGGCUAAAUAGGGGGCAAGAUUUGAUUCUUCUGAUUGUGCAAUUAUUGCAGUUGAUUGGUAAGUUAGGAUUGGAAAGAUUUUGGUUUUCAUGAGAUCUUUCUUUUCCCUGGCUUAAAAGGCUGUGUAAAGAGCAGAGAGAGAAAGCCUAGGCUGUACCACUGCAAAGAGCUCUUGCUCAAAGUGGGAGGUGAAAAGAGAGCAAAGCCUAGGUAUGAGUGGGCAACCAUUUUCCCCCUUGUGUGUGUGUGAAUGCUGUGCCAGCUAGCUGGGCCUUGUCCUCUCGUCUUCUUUUGGUUAAUACCAUGUCACUCUACCGGUGACAAAAUAAUAUACUACUUAACCCGAUCUUCAUA